UGAUCAGCUGUGUCCAAUCACAGCUGAUCACAUCUGUCACUCUGACAGCUCGAGAGGAGAGCCGGUAAAUGGCUUUCUGUGGAGGGGACAUGUACACUGAUCAUCAGGGCACUGAUGAUCAGUGUGCCCUGAUGAUCAGUGUAGCCCCAGCAGUGCCACCUGUCAGUAUCCAUCAGUACCAGCAGUCAGUGCUCAUCAGUGCCACGUGCCAGUGCCCAUCAGUGCCAUAAUGCCACAUAUCAGUGCAUACCAGUGCACAUCAAUGCCACAUAUCAGUGCCCAUCUGAGCUGCCUUUCAAUGUCACCCAUCAGUGCCAGUCAGUGCCACCUUGCAGUUCCAGUCAGUGCCGCCUAUCAGUGUCAUAUAUCAGUGUCAUGUAUCAGUGCUGCCUUUCAGUGCCCAUCAGUGAUGCCUGUCAAUGCCCAUCAGUGCAACCUACUAGUGCCUCCUCAUCAG